UGUCGCCGGUAAGAACCGUCGCAUAGUAGGCGGGUCUGCGGUGCAACCACACCAGUACCCGUGGCUGGUGUCGCUCAUGUUGGGCCAGAAGCUACACUGCGGGGGCGCUAUUAUUACUGACCUUCAUAUCCUCACCGCCGGACAUUGUAUUACAUUUGGGGUAAAUUUCCGGGAUUUAACAGUGAACGUGGGCAUGCACGACCGCCUCAGUUCUUCGUUCUCCGUUUUCUAUGUUGUUAAGGGUGAAAAGCAUCCAAACUUCAAGUCAAACGCGGUCAGAGACAUAAACGAUAUUGCUGUACUAACACUAGAUAAACGACUGAAAUUCUCUGAUAAAGUGCAACCAAUUUGCUUACCGAAGGAAGAUAUGGAAUUCAGUGACAUAGUGCUAACUGUAGCUGGAUGGGGUAAAACAAGACAAGGUGCGUUGACAUCUUCAAGAUAUCUGCAAGAAACUAAAGUAAAACAAGUUGAUUCUGAAGAGUGCACAAAAUCAACUAUAUAUAAAGAUAACCUAGUCCCUGAGGCAAUGAUGUGUGCAUACAAUCUUGGGAAGGACGCGUGUCAGGGAGAUAGUGGCGGACCUUUGUUUUCAACUCAUCCAGUCACUCAGAAUUCAAAAUGGUACCAAGUCGGAAUAGUAUCGUGGGGUAUAGAUUGUGCUAUGCCGGGUUACCCAGAAUGUGGAAAGCCGUCAGAUUCAGUUUUCUCUAUGAGGAUAGUGGGAGGUAGGAGAGCGGAGCCACAUUCAUACCCUUGGACUGUGGCUAUCAUCAACAACGGUCGUAUGCACUGCGGGGGCGCACUGAUCACUACCAAGCAUGUUCUCAGCGCUGGACAUUGUUUUAAAUGGGAUUCGAUAAGAGAUAUGAUGGUUCUUCUCGGUUUGGACAACAUGGACGAUCUGUCUAACGUUGAGAAACGGAAUAUAUCUUCAGUCGUUAUACACGAGCAGUUCUCUUCGACAGCUCUACGAGACGAAAAUGACAUCGCUAUAGCUACUUUGAAUGCACCUGUACCAUUUGGAGAGACUAUUGCUCCGAUAUGCUUACCCAAUCCAGGCCAAAGCUUCGGUGGUUACGUUGGUACUAUAGUGGGUUGGGGACGAAUAGGAGUUGAUAAAUCUUCAUCCAGAGUUCUCAUGAAGGCAUCACUAAAGAUACUGUCUGAGGAAGACUGCAUGGCGUCUAAAUUAGCAGACCAUCUGAAGCCAAUGAUGAUGUGUGCGUUUUCUAAAGGAAAAGACGGAUGUCAGGGUGACAGCGGCGGCCCGCUUUUGGUGUAUGACACGAACGGAAGAUAUGUGCAAGCUGGUGUCGUUUCUUGGGGAAUUGGAUGCGCCGAUCCGAGAUAUCCAGGAGUCUACACUAAAGUUAGCCACUUCAUUGAUUGGAUUCGUCAACAUUCUGCUAGUGGGGAAACGUGUGAAAAUUAAUUGUAAUUUUUAAAUAAAGUA